AUGCCUUUAGCAUUUAUAUUCUUUAUUACAGCUAUAAAGGACUUUUUUGAAGAUUAUAAAAAAAUAAGAUCAGAUAGAGAUGAAAAUAAUUAAAAAGUAAAUGUUUUUGACAAUAUAAGCUAGACUUUUAAAUAAAUUUGUUGUAAAUAAUUACAUCCAGGUCAUAUUAUUAAAGUUUAUAAAGAUCAAUAUUUUCCUUCUGAUUUAAUAUUAAUUUUUAGCUCAGAAUUAACAGGUUAUUGUUAUGUAGAGACCAAAAAUAUAGACGGGGAAACAAAUUUAAAGCUAAAAUUAGCAGAUAAGAAAAUUAAAAAACACAUUCCUUCAGAAGAUUUUUUAAAUAAAGAACAUCUUAUAGUAAACUAUGAAAAACCAAACUCUAUUAUAUAUAGAUUUAGUGGAAAUAUACUAGCAAAAAAUGGAGAUGAGAUACCCUUAGGGGCCCAAAACUUAGUAUUAAGGGGCUCUAGUUUAAAAAAUAUAGAUUAUGUAAUAGGUCUAGUAGCAUAUACAGGACACAAUUGUAAAAUCAUGUGUAAUGUUAUGAAAGCUAAUUUGAAAAAAAGCAAACUCGAAUUAAAAACUACGAAUUUUAUUUUUCAAAUUUUCUUUAUUUAGAUUAGUAUAUGUAUUAUUUGUUCCAUAACUUAUAUUAUAUGGUAUCAUUUAAAUGAAAAUAAACUAGGAUAUUUACAUAUAUAAAAAAACGAAAUUUAAUUCGAAGAUAAUAAUUUUUUAAAUUUUUUUUUAAGAUUUGGAAAUUGGGUAUUAAUAUGCACGAACAUUAUUCCUUCAAGUCUUUUAGUCACUAUUGAAAUGGUAAAAUUUAUUCAAGGAAUUAAUAUUUCAAAUGAUAAAAAUGCAGAUUAUCCUUUAGUUUAUAAAUCAAAUUUAAAUGAAGAAUUAGGACAAAUUAAUUAUAUAUUUUCAGAUAAAACAGGGACACUAACAAAAAACAUUAUGGAAUUUAAAAAAAUUGUUAUUGGUAGUACUGUUUAUGGUUAAGAGAAUGAAUAAUUAACAGAUGAAGAAGUAAAUAGAGAAUUUCCUAAAGUAGAGCAUGUAAACUUUAGAGAUAAAAAAUUUAUUAAUAUAGUAAAAUAGCCUAACCACCCAGAACAUAUGCAAAUAAUACAUAUAUUAUUUAUUCUAGCUUAAUGUCAUACUGUUAAUUCUAAUAUAGAUUUAUAAGGAAAUACUUCAUAUUCAUCUUCUUCACCUGAUGAAAUUGCAAUUGUAAAUUUCACGAAAUUUGUGGGUGUUUAAUUUAUGAAAAUAGACGAGGAUAAUAAUAUUAUAAUAAAAUUUAAUAAUACUGAUUAUACUUUUGAACUUCUUCAUGUUUUUGAAUUUAAUUCUGAUAGAAAACGUUAAUCAAUAAUCGUUAAAAAUCAUAAAGGAAAAGCUUUUGGUUUAAAAGGAUUGAGGACUUUAAUGUUUGCGUAAAAAUAAAUAAACGAAAAUGAAUAUAUAUAAUGGAAAUAAUAACUUGAUUCUGUUUAAUAAAAUAGUUAGAACGUAUUAUAUGAUGUUUUUAUACUUUACGAUUAAUUAGAAAGGGAUUUGAAUAUAUUAGGGGCUGUUGCAAUUGAAGAUAAGCUUUAAGAUGAUGUUCCGGAGAUUAUUACGUCUUUUAAAAAUGUUGGAAUUUAAGUUUGGAUAUUGACAGGAGAUAAAAUAGAGAUUGCUAUAAAUGUAGCUUAUUCUUGUAAUUUAUUAGAUAAUUACUUAAAGAAAAUUAUCAUUGAUUUAGAUGAAGAAAAUGAACUUUAGAAUUUUUUACUUGAAUAAUUAAAAAUUUUAGAAAAUGAAAAUAAUUAAAAUUCAUAGGAAGAAUAUGAAUAAAUUUAGUUAAUUAUUAUAUAUAUGCAAAUAUUAUAUGUUUUAAUUUAAAAAAAGUUACUAAAAAUUAUAAAAUAUUGUAAAUGUGUAUUAUGCUGUAGAGUAUCUCCUAUAUAAAAAUAAUAAGUAGUAAAUAUAAUAAGAUAAAAUGAUUCAUUAUCUACAACUUUAGCUAUUGGCGACGGUGCAAAUGAUGUCAAUAUGAUUACUGCCGCACAUUUAGGUGUAGGUAUUAUAGGAAUAGAAGGAUAAUAAGCAUCUAGAGCUGCUGAUUAUUCUAUAAAAGAAUUUCGUCAUUUACGUAGCUUAUUAUUUUAUCAUGGGAGAGAAUGUUAUAGGAGAAAUUCUGAUUUAAUAAAUUAUAUGUUUUUUAAGAAUAUACUAUUAAUAAUGCCUUAAUUUUGGUAUGGAUUGACUAAUUAUUUGAGCGGAUAGACUUUAUAUGAUUCUAUUUUAUAUUAAUUUUAUAAUAUUAUUUUUACUUCUUUACCUAUUAUAGUCUACGCGACAUGCGAUUAGGAAUAUUCUGAGAGGGAAUUAUUAUCGAAUGAAAAAAAGAACUAUUAUUAACAAGGAAUUAACAAUGAACUUUUUAAUUCCAAAAUUUUCUGGAAAAGUUUUAUUUCAGCGACUAUUCAAGGCGGAAUCAUUACAAUGAUAUCACUAUUUGCUUUUGAAAUUAAUUUCGUAAACGAAGAAGGACGAUAAUAACAUUUUUGGGCUACUGGAAUUAUGGUAUUUGGACUUAAUAUUAUUGUUUCUAAUAUAAGAGUUAUUAUUAUUACUAAUGAGUAUAGUUUUUGGUUUUUUAUAUGUAUUAUUGGAUCGAUUUUGUCGUUUUUUUUUGCCUUGUUAGUUACUAAUUAAAUUAUUUAUUCUGAUGUUUAUUUUUCUUUUUAUUAGGUUUUUUCAAGCUUUAAUUUCUAUGCAGGAUAUUUUUUGGCUAUUUGUGCAACUUCUUUAUUUGAUUUAGGAAUAUUUUUGUACUCAAGUAGGAAUGGAGUUAUUAAUAUUGACAGUUCAAACAAAACAGGACUUCUAUCUAGUCCUCUUGACAAAAAAACAUGA